UGAGCUUCCGUUCUUAUUUCCCAACCACCAUUGCACUUGACUCGCACCGGACAUUUUGUAGUCAGAUUCAGCUCUAGAUCAUGUUUAACGUUCGACGAACGCCUUCAGAAUCUUCAGAAUCUUCAACUUCAGGUUCGUCACCGCGGGACAUGCAAAUGGCACUCGUAGACGAAGAGCCCUUUAAUGUGCUAUGCAUAUCCGACCCUAAACCAGAAGGCUUCAAGCUUCACCCACUCUUCACAGAGGGUGACACGACGCUUGCUGCCAAAGGAGGCAGCACUUUCUUCCGAGUCUAUUCCCAUACCCUCAAGAUGACUUCUGGCUUUUUUCGUUCCAUGUUCAGCUUACCACAAGAUCCGUCUUCUUCUUCAAAGGCCAAGGGUGUCUUUUACCUUGACGAGGACGAGGAUACCCUAGAAUGUCUGCUGAGGAUGAUGUGCGGUUUAUCUCUGCCACCUGUGGACAGCUACGACCAGUUAGACUCGCUUCUCGAUGCAGUGGAGAAGUAUGAUACCCCCGGACCGUUAUCGAUUGUCCGGCUGCUGGUGAUGACUCCGGCACUGACAGUCCAGCCGUUCCGGCUGUAUGGCAUUGCAUGUCGGUUUGGGUGGGAAGCGGAAGCGAAGCAUGCAUCCACGCAGACUCUGCAAUACAAUCUGUAUGACCCGGCGAUCCGUCCGUUGCUGCAGAGGUUAUCGACUGAUUCCCUGCUAAACCUGAUGCAACUUCAUCGAUCGCGACGGGAAGGGCUGCGACAGAGAUUAAAUGACCCACCAUUCGUUGCAGGUAGCACUGCGACCUGUGUCAGCUGCCAUAGUCUUAUUGACUACCACACAUGGCGAGAGCUGAAGUAUAAGAUUAUCCUGGAGAUGGAUAAGCGACCUCUGGGCGAUACUGUGAUUGAGACGGGAUUGUUGGAUUGGCCAGAGGCGGUGGCAUGUUGGACUGCCAAGUGUCCGGAGAGCAGUUGCCAUCGCAGUCUUUAUGACAAAGUGGAGACGCUCCGUGUCAUCCGUGACUGUGUGGAGAAGCUUCCCAAGUCCAUCUAGGUAUGUUAGACCCUUUUUUAGUGGAAUGCGUGCUGUGAUCGAUUCGAUCUGUUUUUGUACGAUAAGUUAUGAUAAUCAGAUUGGAAUUUGUUUGUUUCGUCUUGUGGAUGUCAGGCACCCAGUGGUUGUAGAUGUAUUUCGUAGUCGGAAGUCGAUGACGCCGAUGACGCUCGCGUGCGAUUUUCGCUCGGCAGUCGUCAGCGUGUACCUUAAGCCAAGAAGCCAAGUAAAAUAGCAAAAAUAUACUGUUGAUUCGCGUUCAUUAGUGGGAG